GCAGCUCGCCACCCGGGGUAUCCGUUUUGUUGAUGCACCAGUCAGCGGCGGACCGAAGGGGGCGGCCGCGGGCAGUGUCACCUCGAUGGUGGGCGGCUCUCCGGCCGACGUGGCCGAUGCAUCCGUCUUCAUCGAAGCCUGGUCAAAGAAGGUGGUGCACUGCGGCGCUGUCGGCGCGGGCGAUGCGACCAAGUCGAUCAACAACGUGCUGAACUCGGCGCAUCUGCUGCUGGCGACCGAGGGCAUGCUCGCCCUCAAGAAGUACGGCGUCCAGCCGUCAACCGCGCUCGAGGCGAUCAACGGCGGCUCGGGCAUGUCGCUGCAGACGACGCGGCUGCCCGACAAUGUGCUCUCGCGCAAGUUUGCGUACGGGUUCGCCCUCGGGCUGAUGCGCAAGGACUGCAAGAUCGCGGGGGGCCUCGUCGCGAGCCAGACGCCGAGCGCCACCCUCAUCCCGCGCGUCGUCGACCUCCUUGGCGAGGCGGAGGCCGCCUUCGGCCCCGAUGCGGACUACACGCAGAUCGCGCAGCUGCUCGAGGACCGCGCGGGCGUGACUCUCGGCUAAAGAAGAGAUGUGCAUGCUUUGCAGUGGUUCCCACGCUCGAGCCGUAGAAGCGUUUCUGUACCUUAGCCAAGACGGCGCCAACUUGCC